GAGGCCUGUUUUUACGCGGGGGGUCUCGCGGGACGGGGUGGAAGCAUCAUGCCGGGGGAAGACGGCGACCCGGCCGACAGCCAGUGCCCUAUCCGGGCCGCCAUAGGUCACCUCUGCCAGGAGCUCAACUUGGACGCCAGCAGCGCCGCCGAGGCCCUUCGGGAUUUCACGGCACUGCGAGGCACCUACAGCCUGGAGGGGGAAACAGUACAUUGGUUGGCCUGUGCGCUCUAUGUUGCUUGCCGUAAGAGUAUUAUCCCCACUGUAGGAAGUGGCCUGAGGGAAGGAAACUGUGUCUCACUCACCAGGAUACUACGCUCAGCAAAACUAAGUUUAAUUCAGUUUUUUAGUAAAAUGAAAAAGUGGAUGGACAUGUCAAAUAUGCCUCAGGAGUUUCGGGAGCGAGUGGAGAGACUGGAGAGAAACUUUGAAGUGUCGGCAGUGAUUUUCAAGAAGUUUAAGCCAAUAUUCCUGGUCAUAUUUAAAAAUCCUGAUGAGGAACAACCAAAGCUACAAAGAAGCAGGAAACACAGACGGGUGCCCUGCAAUGUUAAAGACCUAUUCAACUUUUGUUGGACGUUAUUUGUUUACACAAAAGGGAAUUUUAAUAUGAUUGGAGGUGAUUUAGUGAACUCAUACCAUUUGCUUCUGUGCUGUUUGGAUCUGGUUUUUGCAAAUGCACUUCUGUGUCCACAUAAGAGAGAUCUAUUGAAUUCAUCUUUUAAAGGUUUGCCAGAAGACUUCCAUACAGCUGAUGUCAGGACUUCUGAAGGGCCUCCAUGCAUUAUUGCCACACUAUGUGAAUUACAUGAUGGUCUUUUGGUAGAAGCCAAGACCAUAAAGGAACACUACUUUAAACCAUAUAUCUCGAAGCUCUGUGAUAGAGAGAUUUUAAAAGGAGAUUGUCUUUUGGAUUGUAGUAACUUUGCAGACAACAACAAAGCAUUGAAUAAAGAAUAUGAAGAAUAUGUUCUGACAGAAGGAGACUUUGAUGAGAGAGUUUUCUUGGGAGAAGAUGCAGAAGAAGAAAUUGGAACUCCUCGGAAGUUUUCUACUGAUGUGCCAUCUGGCAAGGUGAUGACAAGAGCUCAUGUAGAGUGUUACCUUCAACAGCAUUUUGAGAAGAAAAGAUCCUUCACACCCUCAACUCCAUUGACUGGCAGGAGAUACCUUAGAGAGAAGGAACAAGUAAUUACUCCUGUUGCUUCCGCAACACAGAGUGUAAGCCGGUUACAAAGCAUUGUAGCAGGGCUAAAAAAUGCACCUAGUGAACAGCUUAUAGCUAUUUUUGAGUCUUGUAUACAAAAUCCUGUGGAAACGAUCAUGAACAGAGUGAAAGAGAUAGGGGAAGUUUUCUGUCAGAACUAUACACGGUCAACUGAUGAUCAGCCAGGAUCUCACAUAGAUUUUGCUGUUAACCGGUUAAAAUUGGCAGAAAUCCUUUAUUAUAAAAUCUUGGAAACCAUAAUGGUACAAGAAAUGCGGAGGCUACAUGGCAAAGACAUGUCUGCCCUUUUAGAGCAAGAUAUUUUCCACCGUUCCUUGCUGGCAUGUUGUUUGGAGAUAGUGCUGUUUGCAUAUAGUUCACCCCGAACUUUCCCCUGGAUCAUUGAAAUUCUUAACCUCAGGCCAUUCUAUUUUUAUAAGGUGAUUGAAAUAUUGAUUCGAUCUGAAGAAGGACUCUCUAGAGAUAUGGUAAAACAUCUCAACAGCAUUGAGGAACAGAUUCUUGAAAGCCUAGCCUGGACAAAAGAUUCGGCUCUGUGGGAUGCCCUCCAAACAUCGGAAAACAAGGUCCCUACCUGUGAAGAAGUAAUAUUUCCAUGUAAUUUUGAAACAGGGAAUGGAGGAAGAGGACUAGGACAUCUUCCCAUGAUGCCGGUAUCUCCUAUAGUGCAUCCUCGAGUAAAAGAGGUUCGGACAAAUCUUGGGGAAAGUCUUAGACGGGAUAUGCAACCAUUCUCUCCCAUUUCUGUUCAUGAUCGCUAUAGUUCUCCUGUGGCAGGAAGUGCUAAGAGGAGACUUUUUGGAGAUGAAAGCCCAAAAGAAAAACCUGCAGAAAAAAAUCUGACUGAAGGGACUAGGUUGAAAAUUGCCCCAGUGUCAAGCUUUGUUGAUGAAAAUGUGCCUGUUUCAACUGAGCAGACGGUUCUUGCAAUGACGACAGCUACAGUAACAGGACAAAAAAUUACAUUGCAUGGUAUUGCAAAUAAUACUGGAGGGAUCACUUUGAUACCGAUUUCAGUCAACUUGUCUGAAGAAUCUAAAGCGGACAGCCUUGGACAAGCCCCACUCACUGCUCAAGCUUUAAUCAGUGUGUCUCCAAGUCAUCAUAUGACUCAAGCACAAGAGGCAUAUCAGCCAGCUGGAAGCAGGCCAAAGAAAACUGGAUCUCUUGCACUAUUUUUCAGAAAGGUGUAUCAUCUGGCAAGUGUGCGGUUGCGUGAUCUGUGCAUAAAACUGGAUGUUUCAAAUGAUUUGCGCAGGAAGAUAUGGACAUGUUUCGAAUUCACAUUGGUUCAUUGUACAGAUCUAAUGAAAGAUAGGCACUUGGAUCAGCUCCUAAUUUGUGCUUUGUUCAUCAUGGCAAAGGUAUCCAAAGAUGAAAGAACGUUUCAGGACAUAAUGAAAUGCUAUAGAAACCAGCCACAAGCAAAUAGCCAUGUCUACAGAAGUGUUUUACUGAAAAGUGUGUCCACAGAGGCAGCGUCAGAUAUAAAAGUGGAAGAGAUGUCAGAAGAAGACUUACCCAGGAAGAUGAGCUGUUCACCUAUGAGAACAAAACCAGAAAUUCCCAAAGGCUUGGAAAAGGAGGAGAGAGGGGAUCUUCCAACAUUUUAUGACACCGUCUAUUUAGGAAGAGUGCAGGUCUUCGCACUGAAAUUAGAACCCACAUCAGAUAAACAUCACCCAGAGGUCGAAGCACCUUCCCUUUCCCCAUUUCCUAGCAUUAAACAUCAACCUGUAUCUCCUCGGCGGAUAUCCCAGCAACAUUCUGUUUAUGUUUCACCUCAUAAGAAUGGUGCUUGCUUGACACCUAAAACUGCCCUCUUAUAUAAAUUUAAUGGGAGCCCUUCUAAGAGUUUGAAGGAAAUCAACAAUAUGAUAAAACAAGGAGGACAGAGGCCUAAGAAGAGAGCAAUCUCAAUUGACAGUGACACAGAAUCACCAGCAAAGAGACUGUGCCAGGAAAACGAUGAUGUUUUACUGAAACGCCUUCAGGAUGUUGUCAGUGAAAGAGCAAAUCAUUAGGUCUGCAAGAAUACUAUGUGGGCCAAAGCUUGUUAAGAUCUGUCUCAUGUAGCUCAAAACACUGUCCUCUUUCAACUUUUAAUUUUUUGCUUAUGUUACAUGGCUGGUGGGCUAGUCAAAACAUUGAAGUAGUUUUAUGGUACUUCCUUUUUAAAAGUGGAACUUUAGAGUUAGAUCCUUUGUUCUACAGCUUAUAAGUGCAGCUAUUUGCUUUUUAACUUUUAUUCUGAAAGUAGAAGCCAGUUCCUACUAUGAGAAGGACCAAAGUUUUCAGA